AGGGAAGGGUAUAAUUGAUGACGUACAUGGAUAGUGACCUAGAUACAGAGCCUCUCGUAAAGCCUCCCAACAAUGGCAUCGCUCACAGCUCCUCACAGAUUGUCAGACUAAAUGUUGGAGGGGGGAUCUACGAGGUGUAUCAAAGUACGCUGGAAAGAUACCCUGAAACGUUGCUUGGCAACAAAUGCGAACUAAAGAAAUACUACAACUCAGAAAAGAAUCACUACUUUCUAGAGAGGCAUAAAUUAAUCUUCUCGAGUAUUCUCUAUUUUUAUCAGAGUAACGGUCAGUUCUACAGACCAUCGUGUGUAUCAACAGACCAGUAUAACUUAGAACUUGAAUUCUUUGGUUUGGCCGCCCUCUACAAAGAAUAUGUAGCCUCCCUCGAAAUAGAACCUAAAUCAAAACCGAACGCUACCUACGAGAAUCCUACCACUCUCGUUCAGAAAUUGUGGAAUUUUUUCAAAGAUCCUAAAUAUUCUCAAGCAGCUAGAGUAUGGGCUAUUAUUGAUGUGUUUGCAAUAACGGUAGCUGUGAUACUGUUCAUCGUCGAGACGAUGCCAGACGUCAAGGUUGAGAUGAAAAAUCCCGACAAAAUUGUCAAAACUACAUUCUUUGUGGCUGAAACUAUUUGCGUGCUCUUCUUCAGUGUCGAGCUUAUUGGUAGACUGAUUUGUUGUCCUGACAAGGUAGCUUUUCUAAAGACUCUCAUGAAUUGGAUCGAUUUCAUCACCAUUAUUCCUUACUUCGUUCAGCUGAGUGCAGGGGAAGUCGAGUCAGCAGUCGGUGGUGAAACCAACACUUCUAGCAGCAGUAACACUGACGCCAUAGUGGUUCUCAGAGUUCUCAGAGUCGUUCGAGUCCUCAAACUUGCCAGACAUUCCAAGGGUAUUAUCAUUGUGACGAAGACAUUGACAUCGUCUGUUAACGAGCUAGCCUUGCUGCUUUUCUUCUGGUUUAUUGGAGUCAUCAUAUUUGGGAGCAUUAUGUACUACAUUGAAUACAGUUUUGACCAAGACAGCGCGUUCAGUUCCAUCCUUCAUAGCUCGUGGUGGGCUGUGGUUACAAUGAGUACAGUCGGCUACGGAGACAUGUAUCCUAAAUCUGCCUGGGGUAAGCUGAUAGCCUCGGUAUGUAUGAUGUUCAGCAUGAUAAUCAUAGCGUUGCCCGUAACGGUGAUUGUCAGCAAAUUUACGAGAGUGUAUGCAAAGUACAAGGACAAACUAUGAGGAUAAUGUUGGGAAAGAGGGUUCGAUACCAGGACGAAACAUGAGGCAGUGGACAUGAAGAUCCAAAAGCCAGAAAAACUGGACAUUCAAAUCGAUUGGAUUAGUUUUGAAAAGUGAACUGUAGUUUUUAUCUACCCGGAUACAUUGUUAAUGGCAUAAAUUCAUGAUAUAAAUUAACCAACAAUAAUACGUAAAUUUUGACAUUUUUUCCUUUUGCUACGUACUUACCGUUCAUGAAAUUUUCGAUAUAAAUGUUCAACGUUUUACAUGGUUUUGUUGGCUCUGGGGAAGCAUAUUUUGUAACCUAGUUCCGAAGUAAAAAAUGUUCUUUUGUUUAUUGAAAUAUGUUGCAUUCCGAAUGUAAAUAUUACAAAAGAAUCAUAAUAUCUCGCU